CCUUCGUAAGAUAUAAAGGUUAUGUAGGCGAAAUAUUUUCCAUCUAUUGCCGAUUAUUUGAACUCAUACAAUGAUUGCUUAGUAGCGCGCAAUCUUCGAGGCGGCUGUUUUGGGAUCCUAUGUUCGUAAAUUCUGGCUUUUGCAUAUAUUCCCAGUUAUUUGUGGUAUAUUCAUUCAUUCUUCAUUUUUAUAACGUCUAAUGGUAAUAAGUAUUGUUUUAACACUCGUUAUUGUAUGUUAUCCAACUAUUGUGAUAGAUUCUGCUCAUUGGCAAUCGUUUUCUAUAACAAAUUAUUGGAUUAUUCACUCGACCAAUAUGAAAUCACAAGUAAUAAUUACAUUGUUUUUAUUAUCGAGGUUCGUUAAAAACUACAUAUGUGACAAGCACAACGUAUGAACUGAGUAGGCCUACAGCAUCUGUCUUAUAGCAGACGAUUAACUUCGAGUAUUUUUAUUCCGACCUGAGUGAAUUGAUUAUAAAAAAAUCCCAAUCUACAACCAUCUUACACACAUUGGUUUUUUUCAUGAGCUCGUGUGUUUGUCACUAAAUUAUUGAGUUAAUGAGUCAUUUGUGCUAGAAGUCUCCGCUAAUACAUUAAUACAGAUGCAACGCUUUACGAGCUAAGUGCCUCAAUAAAGUUUGGAUGUCAGUGCAUAUUAAUUUUCGUGCUAGUAUAUAGCCCUUCAUGAAUAACGACGAAAGUUAUGUGUCUCCGUGUAUACGUACGGUGGAUCUUCAGUUUGUCCAUACCUUGAACUUACUGAAUGGUGCUAAUUGGUUACUGUUACUUUAUCUUGGCUCUACAUUAUUUUGCACCAAAAAGGACUAGGAUUGACGGCAUCAACAUAUGUAUAUCGUCGAAUUUGUUGUACUAGGUUAAUUUGCUUUGUGUCCAUGCAUUAUAUCUUACAAGCUUUAUCUUCUAGUUCAUUUUCAUCUUCAUUCCCCUCUACAAUUAAUGUAUUUUACCUUUAUAAGUCGUUAACACCCUUCUGAAACCUUGUGAUUAUUAUUGGUUUAUUGUAAUUUAAAAUCAGUAAUCUAACCUCUUAUGGGCGACUUAGAUGAUUUCGAGACUUAGUUAUGUGCAGUGGUUUUAUCACGUCUUGACCCCACUUAGUUCUCCCUCUAAUUCAAUCCGUAGCUGUGCGUGCUUUGGCUGUUUAUACGCCAAUUUUUAACUGUUUCCAGUUCAUGGUGAGCUCAUCAUUAUGCUGGCAAGUCUGACUUUAUUUGAAGCACUUGAAUUUUUAUGAAAAGGUUUAGUAACGUUCUUCCAAUGGUUAUUCUAACACACUCAUAAGGAACCAAAAUUCUGCACCGCGGCUACACUAUGGUCAUUAUAAUCUAAACCGUAAAAACAUUUUAAACCUAAAUGAUGCUUACAAAAUCAUAAGUGUAACUGUUUCGUUUUUAAAUUUUGAAGCAUAGUUGGGAAUCUCUAAAUUAUGUACGGUCUGCUUUUUCCUAUUGUUUAGGUGCUGUAAUACGGCGUAGUAAAAACGGGAUAUUCAGAAGUGUUUUACAAUCCUAACCUUAUCACCAUACAUUGGUCACAACUUAUUAACUCGAUUAAAUAAAAAUAUUCAUUUUCAAAUCCAAUGCAAGAGUAUAAACUUGUUGUUCUGGGAAGUGGGGGUGUCGGAAAAAGUGCAUUGACUGUGCAGUUUGUACAGGGAAUCUUUGUGGAAAAGUAUGAUCCAACCAUUGAGGAUAGCUAUAGAAAACAAAUCGAGAUUGAUAACAGGCAGUGUAUGUUGGAAAUUCUCGACACAGCUGGCACGGAACAAUUCACUGCUAUGCGUGAUCUGUACAUUAAAAAUGGUCAAGGCUUUGUUUUAUGUUAUUCAGUUACAUCACAAUCCAGUUUUAAUGAUCUACAAGGUUUGCAUGAACAAAUUCAACGUGUCAAAGAUGUUUCCAAUGUCCCACUUAUAAUUGUAGGAAAUAAAUGUGAUUUAGCAGAUGAACGAGUAGUUUGUCGUGAACAGGGUCAUGCGCUUAGUCGACAAUUAAAUUGUUCAUUUAUGGAAACAAGUGCCAAAGCUAAAAUUAAUGUGAAUGAAAUUUUCUUUGAUCUUGUCCGACAAAUCAACAAGCAAAUGCCACAAGUGAAACAGAAAACAUCGAAACGAAAAUGUCUAAUUCUCUAACUUUGGGUUUUUUACUACUUGUUUUCUUCCUCGGUUCUCUUGUCUUAUUUUUCGUUUUUAUAACAGAACAACUACAACAAUAAUAAUUGGACAAAGAACACUUGAUCUCAUAUGUUGUACGCGUGUGUGUGCGUGUGAGCGGGGGACUGGUAUUAAAAUCAAUCUGUUUCCUGUGUUUCUAUUUUGUUCCUGUUUUGAUUUUUUGUUUCCCACCUAGCGUAAAAUGUAUACAUGUACAUCUCAAUAUUUUUAGGAUUUGUUUAUUUAUGAGGUUGUAUUUGAGAAGCUAUAUGCACAGACUUUUGUCCCUGAAACGCAUGUGUUAACUACAAAACAGGAAUUAUUAUGCAUUUCAUUACCGACACCUAUAAAACCACACUCACCUACUCAUCAUCUAUCUAUCUACAUUUAUUUUUGUUACCCUCAUAUAACUCCCCAGUGCCAUUCCUUUUAUGUAUAAAUUGAUAGCACAGCAAUAAUAAUGAUAACGUGUUUUACCUUUAUAUGUAAAUUUAUUUUCAUGCUUCCUUUUUUGUAUUUGUCCUCCGAAAAUGGCUGAUUUUAUUGUGUGUUUUUUAAGAAUAAAACAUUCAUCUAUUGUUUCAUUGUUCUCUGUGCAUAUAUAAUGUUAAUUAUAUGCAUGUGAAACUGAAGAGGACUGGUCUUUCUUAUCGUUUACCACUUUGCUGUUGUUGUUGUUAUGGUUACUAUCGUCGUGGUCCUUAUCUAUUUUCGAUCUACAUAGCUCAAAUGUUUGUGUACGUGUGGAAGAGUUCAAGGAGAAGCAUAUGGAAAUAUUUGUUUUUCUAUCUACUUAAUAAUAAUAAUAAUACUCAGCAUUAUCAGUCAAAUUUAUGAUGUUUUUUCUUCUCAGUCUGUCGCUAGUGUUAUUAUCAUUAUUAUGUUAACGUUUCUUUUGCUUUCUUACAUAUGUUAUAACUUUCAGUUAUUGGAUGACUCGUGACACUUUGUAUCGACCUCUCUAUCAAUAAUUUUGACACGGAAGGCUGAAUAUUGUUAGUAUUACUAGUCUGUUUAUGCUGAGUUUGUCCACAUACCUCUCGUAUUUUCACUAUUAUGAGAUGUUGGUGCAUUGUUAUACUUCAUCAUCAUCUACACACAGAUACUUGUCUAUCGUUAUUCUUCGUUAUAAGUAAUAAAUUGUGAUUUAUCUAUUGUUUUAUUGUAUUCCUGUUCUCACGUAAUUUACUUUAAACAAACAAUAUCUUUAUAAUUAAACUAUACAUCUAUCUUCAUUCUUUGUUUCCCCGUCAUCGUGUUGUAAUAAUUAAGCUGCUUGUGUUUAUUGACUUUCUGCAUCAUUCCAGCCUGUUUAUUAAAGUAAAAAAAGCUUUUAUCGUUCUUCAUCCUUUCUAGUAACCUGUUUUUUUAGAAAAGAAAUUGCGACUAAUUACAUUAUUUAGCGAGUUUUUUAUUGCUAAUAUCCUUUAGUAUUACUAUUACUAUCAUUAUGGAUAGUAUUAGUAUCGUUGGUGUUCCUAUCAAUGUAUUCUUUUCCUAGUUGUAUAAGGUUUUCGUUUAUCUCUGAUAUUUGUCUUUUAUAAGGAGUAAACUGUACUUUUUCCUAUAGUCAAUUAAUGUUCACCUAUUCUCUCGAGGAGUAAAACAAUAAUGCGCUUGAUAUUACUGUUAUUGUGAUUAUUAUUGGUAGUAGUAUGAUAGUGAUUAUUAAUAUGCUUAUUACUAUUAUUUAUGAUUAUUAUUAUCAUUUAGACCUUCUCUUUGCUUUUCUUCCCUUCCGUUGAUUGACGUUGUGUUUUGAAUAUGAGAGGGGAAAAAUAUAAACAUAAUUUGCAUUUUGAAUUUUACUUAUUUGUUGAAAAAUAUGAGAUUUCAGAGUACAAGAUAUGAUGUAUUGUCAGAUGCAUUAGUACAUUGGGUUAUUUUACGAUCUAUUAGGUGUUACCGCAUUUACUGAAGAGAAGUUUUAUAAUCUGUCUGUUAUCAGUCAUACUCAACUUAAAGCCUGGUACGUAUGUACAUCGGUUCAAAUUAGCAUACCCCCAUUAGCACAGUGAAAUGAAAUUUUUUACGGCAAAUCCUAGGGUAGUAGCGAUACUAACACUAUUAAUGGUAACAGGACAGAUUGAGCAUCGGGG